CGACCUACACGAUCUUGCGCCUGCACCCCCACCAUCAGCUCCCGCUGCAACCUCUGCUAACAAGGGCAAGGGCCGUGCGGUGUCUGAAGAUGACGAGAUUGAUCAACUGAUAUCUUCAGAUCCUCCUCCUGUCCAGGACGCUGGCACAUCUGGAUCGCAUACCCUCAAACCACGAUUUGCACGACAGAUGCCACCCCAGUUCACUCAACAAAUCGCCCAUGAGCAGUCACUAGAGGAGGAAGACCACCGUCGUGACGCUGCGCGGAUAGAGAGUGCACAACGUGCGAAGUAUAGUGUCACCGUUUAUGGCUUCUUAGAGGAUGGUUCCCCUGCCACAUGCUUUGUUUUUCAAGGCGGCUUCCAUUUCCCGCAUUUCUACUGCUCGUACGAGGUCCUUGCAGAACUCGGGCUGCCCGCUGUCCAUCACAGUGAAGUAGAUGAGCUCGCCGUGAGGCCAUCUUUACUCCAGCUCCUCAACACAUCAACACAUCAUUGGCAGGGCAUCCGUCAGGACCAUAUGGUUGUUGUACGUGAGGGUGACGUGUUGUUCUUGAAGCAUGCCCACGCCACAGAUUGCCAUGAGCUAGACGAGCUCCUUCUGACUUUGUCGCCACGCGAUGCGAGUAGUACUCAGCCGAACAUGCGCACUCACCUUGCCACUGACCGUGCACAUGUUCGU